AUGGCCUCCACGACCAGAGGGAAAUAUAACCUGCGUGAAAGGAAACCAAAUGCAACACCUACUUCAGCCAAGAUCUCUUCCCCUAAAGAUACCGUUCCUAAAAGAAUUGCCUCGGAGAGGAUUGCCUCUAAGAAGGCCGCAAAAAUGGUCGUUUCACCAAGCUCAACAGAGAAGGGAGAGUACGAAGAGGAAGAGGGAGAGGAAGAGGAAGAGGAGAUUGCUCCCAAGAGGAAGCUACCUGAGAGUGACUUUGAGGAUGAUGGCAAAGAUGAUGGUGGUGGUGAUGAUGGCAGUGGCCUUGUCAGGACCAAAAAACGUAAAGUUACUGCAGCACAAAGUGUUACUGUAGCCAAAAGGGUUACUGCAGAUCGAAAAAUCCCAAAAGGUCAAGGCGUAGACUUUGAUAUUACCAUCGGCCGCAAGUACCAAGCUGAGCCAUGCGUACAUACUCCACAUAUCUCCGAAGAGCGUCUUCAAGAAAUAUUCGCAAAAAUCAGAAAUAGUAUCAGAGAGGGCGUCGCUGAGCAAACUAUAACCGUCAGACCCUGGAAUUAUAUACUUCCCACCAAGGCACAAAUUUCUCGCCGUAAACAACAAGGUCUCCUGUUGUACACCGAUAUUGGCUGUACCAAGAUUGCGGCUACCAAAACAAAGACCACUCCUAUACUUCGAGCCCCCGCUCUCAUAGCAUUAGAGAGAGAGAGACAAGUUGCUAAAUUAAGGAGCACCCGCGUAUCGGUAGCCUCAAAGGCCUCCAAAAUCACAGAAACUAGAGGCGGAUUCACCCCAUCCACCCCUAAGAACAAAGGGGGAGAGCAAGCGGAAGAUGAAGAAGAGGAUGAAGAAGGUCAAGGGGGUGAAGACGAGGAAGAAGAUGAGGAAGAGGGCGGAAGCGAUGACGACGAGGAGGAGGACGACAAAGAUGACGAGAACGAGGCAGAGGCGUGUUCUCUCUCAGUCUAUUCUCCAUACUGGAGCACUCAUAAGAAGCGAACGGAAGAAGAAGAUGAUGAUUACGUCCCGUCAUCCCGCUCAAACCGUAUCUCGUUCAAUACACGACAGAAAAUUAAAGGGGAUAAAACCAAUUCCUCUCCUUCGCCUCAUAUUAGCCUCUUCAAACCUCAGCCCAAAAAACCAGGUAGCCGGUCAGCUGGGGCCCAAGCCAAAUCUUCUGAAGACCACCCAUCUGCUCUAGGCGAGUCUUCGCCAAAGGCCCAGGAUACCUCUAUGAACGCAGAGUCCAGAGAAGAAAGACCUGUUAUCGAUUACUCACACACCACCACGAUCAGUGGGACUUCUUCGUCUGCCAAUACUGAACUGUAUGGAAUUAAAAAUUCCAAAAAGAUUCUUUCUCCAGUUAAGGCAAUCGGCUCUCACUCGCGUACACCCAUGAGGGAUACCCCCCCGCCACCCUCAGUUGCAUCUUCCUCGAUGGAAAUUAUGGGCCCUCCUCAACGCCCGCUCACGCCCAGACCUUCUUCGUCUGUCAAAACAGUUCCUACCUCAGUUAGGCCCGUGAAUUCUUCUGAACAUCAAUCCACACCCAGGUCUCCGUUACCUGUCCGAUCAUCCAGCAAGUUUUCAAACGGCCAAAACAAUUCACACCAUGGGGGAGCUCAGACUACUCCCCCACGUGAGUUUCUGGAUAGUUCACCCGCCAUAUCUCCCUCGUCCACCGGACGCUUUUUGCACUAG